UUGUUGUACUUGAAGGUACUUCUCUGGUAGUCCUUGCAGGUCCUUGGAGGACCUUGAAAAUCCUUGACAUCCUAAAGUGUUAAGGGGAUCUGACAGCUCCGUCCACUGAGGUUCUUUGAUGUCCAUUGAGAACCUUGGAGGCCCUUGGAUUUCCUUGGUAAGCAUGUCCCUGAUAUCCUAAGAGCACUACAUGACCCUGAGGAAAAGUAACUUAAGUACAUUGAGAAUUUUUGUUUUCCUACUACUGGGGUCCUGACAGAUCCUUCCUUGGAGGUCCUUGAACGGCCUUUAAAAUCACUGAAGGUUGAUGGCAGUGUUAGGAUUUCCUUGAAGGUCUUUUCUUGUAGGUCCAUGAUGAAGCAGGGAUCCUUGGAGGUAAAUGAAGGCCUUUCAGAUGAUUAAAGACCCCUGUAAGAUGCUGGAGGUCCCUGCUUGACUUUGAGGCUGCUGGCCCUUUAAGAGGAGCGGGAGGGGCGCGGGGCGCCUUGGCUGCGGUGUUUUUGUCUUUCUGUCAGUGAGCGCUCCUGGGCCGAGGCGGCUGAAAGGAUUUCCAGAAGGCAGGUGCUGACUAUAAGAGUGCAAGAAAAGGAAGGGAGAGCAAGGAGCCUGGGCAGGAGCGAUCCCGUCCUUGCAGCGCAAGCAGCUGGUGAGAGUUAGUGUGUGACUGUUUGAAUAGCCGCCACAGGCUCAUUAUGGCUCAGGUGCUGCAUAUGGACCCCGGCUUCCCAGGGAAACUCAACCCGCCUGCUCCCCCUUCCCUGCACGGCAAAGAACAGGAGGCGCCCUACUCAGUGGAGACCCCCUAUGGCUACCGUCUGGACCUAGACUUCCUCAAAUAUGUUAACGACAUAGAGAAGGGAAACACUAUCAAGAAGGUGCCUGUCCAACGCCGGCCACGCUAUGGCUCCCUGCCCCGUGGCUAUGGCUACGCCGGCUCCUGGUGGACCUCCACAGAGUCUCUGUGCUCCAACACCAGCAUGGACAGCCGGCACUCCUCCUUCUCCUACUGUGCCCCGGGUUACCACACGUCGCAGAGGCCCAGCUUCAGCACUGCCCGGGUGGAGAAGACGCUGUUGGAUGCACGCAGGAAGCUGGAGGAGGAGAAAGAGGGGCGAAGAUUCUCCAACCUGGGCAGCAUGCACAGCAGCGUAGUAGGCUCUAACACCUCUCUCAGCAGUGCACACAGCUUCAACCGAGCCCAGGGUGGAAGCGGAUCCUUCACUCCAAUGAGUUCUGGCCUGUCCACUCCAGUGACCCCAACACCAGCCCACCUCCAGCAUGUCAGGGAGCAGAUGGCUGCGGCUCUCAGGAAGAUAAGGGAGCUUGAGGAGCAGGUGAAAACCAUCCCUGUGCUGCAGGUCAAAAUCUCUGUGCUGCAGGAGGAGAAACGGCAGCUCAGCGUCCAGCUAAAGAGCCAGAAGUUCCUGGGCCAUACUCUGGGUUUCAGCCGAGUUCGUCCCAGAGGGGAGCUCUACAUCGACAUCCCUGAAGAAGAGGUGAGCAAUGGAUCUAAGAGCAGCAGCAAGCCAGCAGGGCCACUGUCUCCCACCACACCUGAGGGCUCCAAACAAGACUCAGGUUGUGAGAUUGAGGACACAGUAAUUGUAGGUGGAGCACGACCAGAUGCAAAACGGGAAGUGCGCACCAUCGGAGUGGGACCAGAGGACUCGAGGGGCAGUCAUCAGGUGGGAGUCGGGGUUAGGGAGGAGGAUCUGGGGCUGCUGCCAGAGACCGAGGCUCUUAGGAAUCAUGUGGGUCAUCUUGAGGGCCAGCUAAAGAGGACGAUGCAGGAGCUACAGGCUGCACAGCAGCAGGUUGUAGCAGUCCGGAAGGCCCCUCAGGCAGAGCAUCCCGUCAUGGCUACCAGCAUGGGCUGGCAGGAGCCACAAGGCUGCAGCCUGCACACUCUGGUCAGCUUCACACAGCGGCCCCAACAGAGGGAACAGAGAACUGUGGGAAUCCAGGUGUACACACUGGAACAGCCUACUGUGGUGGAGGUGGGCACUCUGCUCCGAGCGGAGACCUGCAGCUCCCCCUCCCUUCAACCUGCUGGUGGAGUCAUGGAGGGUCACCACAGAGGACAAGCUGAAGAUGCUCCAGUUGAGUUGCCGAUUGCAGUCAGCUCCAAGCAGGUGCGCGAUGUCCUAAAGAGCGAGUUGUCCACUUCGGUACCUGUAGCUAAUCCUGUCAUCGCUGUAGGCACGUCUGGUAAUCAGAUUGGUUUGUUGCAUUCUAAAGAAGGAGAGACACACCUGCAUAAGUCCACAGAGGCUGUCCAGUCACAAGAAGGCCCUAAGACAGCCUCAUCUCCCCAGUCUUCUCUGAGGUCCAUUAUGAAGCGGAAAGCAGAAGGUGAACCAGGAUCUCCCUCUACAAAGAAAAACUUACAGUUCAUUGGAGUUAAUGGAGGCUACGAGUCCACAUCAUCAGACGAUAGCAGCAGCGAGAGCUCAGAUGAGGGGAGUGACUCGAGCGAAUAUCAUGAAGCCAGAGAAAAACUACCAGAGUCAACAGUCCAGCACCAGCAAAUAACCCACAGCAAGCUUUCCCAGCCUCCAGUUAGCAACAGUGUACCUCAACAGACUGCCGUCAAACUACCAGCCGUCAUUUCAGACUCGCAGCAGAGUCCCAUCCAGUCUGCAACUGUAGACACGAGACUGCCAGACAAAGCCCCCCAGUCACCAGCGACAGACACUGUUGUGCAAAAAUGUGCCUCACAGCCACCAGCCUCCGACUCCACUCUAACUCCUCCAUGUCCAGUAAACAAUUCUACUUUUAAAGACACUGUCAACCAGUCAUCAGAAAAACACACAGUCACCCAGGAGAUCACCUCCACACCAUCAAGCACUGAAUCCACUCCUGAUCAAAGCUCCAUAAUGUCCUCAGUUACCUGUUCUUCAUCACUGUGUGUCACUAAAACCACUGAGAUUACCAAGCAGCAAUACACCAUUCAGUCAGAAACAACCAUCCUCUCCAGCCAGUCAGAGUCAAAGCCAGCAGCAGAAAGCAUUGCAAAUGACACAGCAUCUGCCAAACAAGUCAGACUGGACCUGAGUGACGGCCUGAUGUCAGCUCUUCAUGCCCUGCAGAAAGCCCUGGGGGAACCCAAUGCCUUCAGCCAACAAGGAGCAAGGGCAGCGUACACCACCGUGCUUCAGGAGUGGCUGCGUGUGUCCUGUCACAAAGCAGCAGACACGGCUGUCGUCAAGGCCUAUAUGAGCACCUUCUCCUCCAUCUCCCCUCAGCUGCUGGAGUUUGUGAUCAACAUGGCAGACGGCAACGGGAAUACAGCGCUUCACUACACCGUCUCCCACUCUAACUUCCCUGUGGUGAAACUGCUGCUGGACACUGGCCUGUGUAAUGCUGACAAGCAGAACAAGGCGGGCUACACUGCCAUCAUGCUGACAGCUCUGGCUGCCUUCCACUCUGACAGUGACCUUCAAACGGUCCUGCAGCUGCUGCACACAGGAGAUGUCAACGCCAAGGCCAGCCAGGCCGGUCAGACGGCGCUGAUGCUAGCAGUCAGCCACGGUCGAGGGGACAUGGUGCGGGCGCUGCUGUCUUGCGGGGCACAGGUCAACAUCCGUGAUGAUGACGGCUCCACAGCACUCAUGUGUGCCUGCGAACACGGUCAUGUGGACAUUGUGCGUCAGCUACUUUCUGUGUCGGGCUGUGAUGCCACUCUCACCGAUAAUGAUGGCAGCACUGCUCUGUCCAUUGCCCUGGAAGCCAGCCAGAACGACAUUGCUGUGCUUCUGUAUGCUCACCUCAACUUUGCAAAGCCUCCAUCCCCUGUUUCACCAAAAUCUCCUCUCUUGGGUUCCUCUCCUCCUGCCGGUGAAACAAAAUAAAGCCUGCUCCUUCUGCAGGUGACAGCAACUCUACAGCCUAUCCACAGCAACUACUCAUAUUACAGUGUGAUUUUCUUUUUUUUCAUCUGUUUAAUUAAGAGAAACAAUGAGUUUGUGUGUGCGUUUGUUUUCACCCUACAUAAUUUAAGUACAUUAUAAUGUGCUGAUAAUUACAUGACAGCUAGCACCAUUGUUAUCCAUUGCUUUUUGUACACAGCAGUCUUUUUUUAAUCACAGUGGUGGUUGAAAACAUGGAUUUCUUGUGUGGUACAAUCUGAAAAACUGAACAUCUAGUGUUUGUAUAGACAUCAGUCCAGUCUUGCAGUGAUCCAGUUCUCAGCCCUGUUUUUAGUGGCACUUACAAGUCAAAACUGUUCACUAAAUUAUAUUAUACAGUUCAUUAUUAUACACGUGUUGUUUUAUUCCAUAUGAAUCUCAUAUUAGUUGCUUUAUAGAGCAAUAUGCACAAUAGCUCUUCCACGGUAGCAUCAUUACUGUAUGUGUGACCAUCACAGCCAUUUGGAAUAACAAAAGCCACCCCUCUCUUGGAUAAGUGUCCUUGCAUCAACCAGCUCAUUGGUGCUACAAAACUAUAAUACAGAAAACACCACUUCAACAGUUUAUCAAUAUUUAUACACAAGAUUUAUUUACUCUAGAGUAUUUUUGAUAUUAAUUUUUUUUUAAAUCUGACUUUAAUUCAGGACCUUCAAGGAUCACAAUUUUUAUUUCCCAGGCAAUGGUUAACACCUUUUUAACCAGAGGAAAAAAAUGUAUUUUAUACCACAUUUCCCAAAAUAAACCCAAAGAUGUAUCUCUCCUGUAGCUCUGUGACACUGUAUAUUGUGGUGAUGAUAUUAACACAGGCCUAGCAUCAGUGUGAAGGAAGAAAGAGGUAAACAUUACUCUCUGAAGGCUAUGGUACUAUGGUAUUUGUAUUUUUAGACAUGAAGGUUUUUUUCGAUGGUUAUAAGGAAAGAUUAGAGUGUAUCUGUGUUUGUAAUAUUCUGUGCUUAUAUGAUUUAACAAGACUUUGUUGAGAAAUGACUGAAAGCACAGGUGAAGCCACCUCCGCUGUGGUCGUACUGGUAAGAUUUGUCAGGGAACAGGAAAGUGACUGAUUGGGGGCUUUAAAGGACGUGCCAUGUAAGAUGUGAAUAUCAAAAUAAUAUAUGUCAAAAUAAACUGGUAGUUAUUAUGCCUAAAAUCAAAUUCCUUGAACAAAAAAUACAUAGGCGAUUGAUGUCAAAAUUUCUAUUACUUUUCAAAGAUUUUUUUCACAGGUUUCAUAUUCACUUUCAAGCAAUUGAAUUUUUAUAAACUGUCAAUUUUUUUAUUUAAGUAUCUAUCUUUUUAUACAUUUUGAAUUUUUAAGCUUUCACCCACUUUAUGUAAUCGCACAGCUCUUUAGUUUGUGUUUUAUGUAAAAUUCUAGAUUGUGUUUCUCAAUUAAUUAAUAAAUGUGGACCACACUGUU